AUGGCUACUUCUCAACCGAUCUCCAGCAUCGCCAUGGCCCUGGCUGGUAAAACCAUGACCGCUUCGGUCGACAUCCCUCAGUCUCGUGCUGGCGCUGGCGCCGGCGCCGGCCUUCGCAAGUCGGCAUCGCGACCUGGUCAGCCAGCGAUGCUGCCAACGCCACCCAACUCCAUCUCGCCCACACUCCCCCCACAAGCCUACAGGCAUCGCCCCGCCCUCUCCCCCGGAUCGCCCUUGUCCACCGUGCCUCAGUUGGACUCGGAUAUUGAUCUGCAAGACGCGGUCGACCAUGCCAACAGCCAGCAUCACACGACGUCGGCCGCCCAUGAGGAUCUCGACAGUGCCGGUGCCAUCACUCCGGCCAUGCUGGCGCGUCAUCACCUCCCCGAGAUCCUCCUGCAGCAAGGCCCUCUGGCAAUCCGUCACAUCAUGGGCUUCUUGACCACUUCGGUCCCCGGUUUUUCACGCAUCCCUCCUGCGAAGGCGCGUCGCUUGGUGGUCGCGGCGCUCGAGGGUCGAGGCAACGGCGAUGCGGGCGGCGUGGAUGGCGACGUCCUGUUUGAGAAGGUUGGUUGGGGUCGAUGGGAUGCGCGUCAUCGCGGUGAAGUGCCGCGUGAUCGGGCACGCUCCUUUGCUGUCUCCUCCCCCCCGUCGAGUCUCGCCGAUUCGUUCCCGCAGCGCGGGUUGCAGAUCGAGGGCCGUCGUGGGUCCACCUGGUCUGCCGUGCGGAAUCAGUAUGGUGUGAGCAUGGCCGAGUCGACGGCAUUCUCCUUCACGGAUGACUAUCCGGCCCGUGAGGACUUGGACAUGCUGGAGCACGAGGCGGACAAGAUGUCGCUGGAUGGCGAUGACGGCCAAGAGUACUGCUCUUCCUCCGAGGCGCCGGACGACCUGCAGGAGGAUCAGUGGGACGAAGGUGAUGUCACGGAUGAAGAAGACUGGGCGCAAAUCGGUGCGGACGCCCUACGCGCGCGCUCGAUGAAUGGCGGUGGUUUCAUGCGAAACAGUAACGUGGCUGCGCGCGCGAAGCCUUUACCCGUGGGGGCCUUGGAUGGCGUCAGUUUUGGUGGACCCACCGUUGCCCAGUCGGGCCCCCGCACUUUCGACACUCAGGAACGCGCCGCCGUUGAGGCCCUCCUCAGGCUUGGCUCGAUGUGA